AAAAAUGAAAUAGCGCUCCAGAUAAAGCGAGUUGCAGUUUAGAGCACCAUUCAUGGUGGUCGUGUUAAUGUGAAGGUACAUUCACUUGCAGCUAAACACUAGGAAGAAAUCAAUUAUUCCAAUGUCAGUGUUAGGCGAGCCCAGUUAUGCUGCCUGGGCGAGCCAGGCGGGUGUUAUGGCUGGACGGCAAGGAGGAAACUUAUCUGUGGGGGAUAUGGCACGUCCAGAUAUGUUACAUAUGAUAGAUGCGCAUUGGUUUCAAUAUCCGCCAUUAAAUCCUCUAUGGCACUCCAUGUUAGGAUUUGCGAUUGUGGUUUUAGGCUGCAUCUCCGUCACUGGAAAUGGAAUGGUUAUCUACAUAUUCUCGACAACUAAGUCUUUAAGAAGCCCGUCAAAUUUACUGGUAGUAAACCUAGCAUUUUCUGACUUUUUAAUGAUGUUUACGAUGGCCCCUCCUAUGGUGAUAAAUUGUUAUAACGAAACCUGGGUGUUUGGUCCCUUGUUUUGUGAGAUAUAUGGCAUGUUUGGAUCCUUAUUUGGGUGUACAUCGAUUUGGACAAUGACCAUGAUUGCAUUCGACAGAUACAACGUCAUUGUUAAAGGUUUAAGUGCUAAACCGUUGACCAGCAAGGGAGCUUUGUUGCAAAUAUUUCUCGUGUGGGCAUUUUCAUUAGGAUGGACCUUGGCGCCUCUGUUUGGAUGGAAUAGAUAUGUUCCGGAAGGAAACAUGGCUGUUUGUGGCACUGACAACCUCACCAAAGGAUGGCUUAGCCGAAGCUACAUUCUCUUCUACUCUUGGUUCGUGUACUUUUUACCACUAUUUGUAAUAAUUUACUCUUACUGGUUCAUAGUGCAGGCAGUCGCUGCGCACGAAGCAGCAAUGAGAGAACAAGCCAAAAAAAUGAAUGUUGCUUCUCUAAGAUCUUCAGAAGCUGCACAAACUAGUGCAGAAUGUAAACUGGCUAAGGUGGCCCUAAUGACGAUUUCGUUGUGGUUUAUGGCUUGGACUCCAUAUUUAGUAAUCAACUAUGCCGGAAUAUUUGACACCAAAAUCAGCCCGAUAGGAACGAUUUGGUCAUCGAUUUUCGCCAAAGCUAAUGCGGUUUAUAAUCCUAUCGUUUACGGAAUCAGCCACCCAAAAUAUCGACAAGCUUUGCAAAAGAAAUUCCCAUCCUUGGUAUGUACUGCUGAACCAGAUGAUACCGUUUCCCAAACGACGGCAGCCACUGCGGCAUCAGAAGAAAAACCAGCCGCUUAAGGAAAUCGAAUCAUUUAUUCAUUUAUACGGCAAGAAAAUGGGCACAGAAAUGGCUUCGAAAAAGGAUUAGAACUAAAACUUUGAAGAAAACCUUUGUAGAUAAUUUUUGUUAUUGCAUUCUAAAUAUAACCUUGCAGGCUAUUCACCCAUC